AUGAUCAGGGACUGCGAGGCAGACUGGGUGAUCCUGGGACACUCGGAGCGCCGUCAUGUGUUUGGGGAAAGUGACGAGCUGAUUGGCCAGAAGGUGGCUCAUGCUCUGGAGAACGAUCUGGGUGUGAUCGCCUGCAUCGGUGAGAAGCUGGAGGAGCGAGAGGCAGGAACCACCGAAGAAGUCGUCUAUGCUCAGACGCAGGUCAUUGCAGAGAAUGUAAAAGACUGGGGGAAAGUCGUGCUGGCAUAUGAACCUGUUUGGGCCAUCGGCACAGGAAAGACAGCCACACCUGAGCAGGCUCAGGAGGUCCACGAGAAGCUGAGGGCGUGGCUCAGAGCAAAUGUCUCCGAUGAUGUGGCCGACUCUGUACGCAUCAUCUACGGAGGUCAGUGAGCAUAACUAAAGCAAACUUUACAGUAGGAUUG